GCUGUCACGGGCCGGGGCCGCGCCCCCGCCCCGCCGCGGCCGGUGGGCGCCCCGCGCGCGGACCCUGGCGUUUGUUUACGUCCGGCCGGGCGCCCGGGGACCCCCCGCCGCCGCCGCCCGCCUCUUUUGUGUGGCGGGCCCCGCGGCGCGGACCGUCCCGUCCCCCCCGCACACUCCCUCGCCGCGGCCCGGCGGCGGCCUCGGAGCCGGCUCGGGACGCUCCGGGGGAAACUUGAGCCGCGCGGCGGGGGCGGCCCGCGCGCGCGGACGCCGAGGGUCGGGGCGGCCCGGAGCGCCCUGCGGCCGCCGCGGCAACUUUGCCCGGGCGCAGGCCCCGCGCGCGCCGGUGCGGGGGACGCGCCCGCGGCCGUCGGCGAGUCUCCCCCGGGGCCCGGCCCGCGGGCGCCAUGGAGCCGGCGGCGGGGCCGCUCGGAAGUGCCCGCCCGGCGUGGCUUCUCGAAAGCAGAGCCCCGAGGGCGCCGCCGGGGCGUCGCGCCGGAGCCUUGGGGCCGGGGCCCGAACCCCGCGGCGCCCGCGCGCCCCGGGACCCCGCCAGGUGGAUGGUGUGCGUGGCCGGAGCCAAGCUGAAGAGGGAACUCGAUGCCACCGCAACAGUAUUGGCAAACCGGCAGGAUGAAAGCGAGCAGUCUCGGAAGCGGCUCAUCGAGCAGAGCCGGGAGUUCAAGAAGAACACUCCAGAGGAUUUACGCAAGCAGGUAGCCCCGCUGCUGAAGAGCUUCCAAGGGGAGAUUGAUGCACUGAGUAAAAGAAGCAAAGAAGCCGAGGCCGCCUUCCUGAAUGUCUACAAGAGAUUGAUCGAUGUCCCAGACCCCGUGCCGGCCCUGGACCUCGGGCAGCAGCUCCAGCUCAAGGUGCAGCGGCUGCACGACAUCGAGACGGAGAACCAGAAGCUUCGGGAAACCCUGGAGGAGUACAACAAGGAGUUCGCGGAAGUGAAGAACCAAGAGGUUACGAUAAAAGCACUUAAAGAGAAAAUCCGAGAAUAUGAGCAGACUCUGAAGAACCAAGCCGAGACCAUCGCACUCGAAAAAGAACAAAAGUUACAAAAUGAUUUUGCAGAGAAGGAGAGAAAGCUGCAGGAGACACAGAUGUCUACCACCUCCAAGCUGGAGGAAGCCGAGCAUAAAGUUCAAAGUCUGCAGACAGCCCUGGAAAAAACUCGAACUGAAUUAUUUGACCUGAAAACCAAAUAUGAUGAAGAAAUCACUGCCAAGGCCGAUGAGAUGGAGAUAACCAUGACGGACCUGGAAAGAGCCAACCAGAGGGCAGAGGUGGCGCAGAGAGAGGCGGAGACCUUGAGGGAGCAGCUCUCGUCGGCCAACCACUCCCUCCAGCUGGCCUCGCAGAUCCAGAAGGCACCGGACGUGGAGCAGGCCAUUGAGGUGCUGACCCGCUCCAGCCUGGAAGUGGAGCUGGCCGCCAAGGAGCGGGAGAUCGCCCAGCUGGUGGAGGACGUGCAGAGACUCCAGGCCAGCCUCUCCAAGCUGCGGGAAAACUCGGCCAGCCAGAUCUCCCAGCUGGAGCAGCAGCUGAGCGCCAAGAACAGCACCCUGAAACAACUGGAAGAAAAACUGAAAGGGCAGGCGGACUACGAGGAAGUGAAGAAGGAACUGAACAUCCUCAAGUCCAUGGAGUUCUCCCCGGCCGAGGGCGCUGGGUCCCAGGACUCGUCCAAGCCCCUGGAGGUGCUGCUCCUGGAGAAGAACCGCUCGCUGCAGUCCGAGAACGCCGCGCUCCGCAUCUCCAACAGCGACCUGAGCGGGUCAGCCAGGAGAAAAGGGAAAGACCAGCCUGACAGUCGGCGCCCUGGACCCAUGCCGGCCUCCCCUCCUUCUCAGUUGCCCCGCAACCCGGGGGAGCAGGCUUCCAAUACUAAUGGUACACACCAGUUCUCACCAGCGGGGUUAACGCAAGACUUUUUCAGCACAUCCCUGGCAAGCCCCAGCCUACCCCUGGCUUCUACGGGAAAAUUUGCACUAAACUCUCUCCUCCAACGACAGCUCAUGCAGUCCUUCUACUCCAAGGCCAUGCAGGAAGCAGGAAGCACAAGCAUGAUUUUUUCAACAGGUCCAUACAGCACAAACUCCAUCUCUUCCCAAAGCCCGUUACAACAGAGCCCGGAUGUCAAUGGCCUGGCCCCGUCUCCCAGCCAGUCAGAGAGUGCUGGGAGCGUGUCCGAGGGCGAGGAGAUGGACACAGCCGAAAUCGCCCGGCAGGUGAAAGAGCAGUUGAUCAAGCACAAUAUCGGACAGCGCAUUUUCGGACACUAUGUCCUGGGAUUGUCCCAGGGCUCUGUGAGCGAGAUUCUGGCCCGCCCCAAGCCCUGGAACAAGCUGACAGUGCGCGGCAAGGAGCCUUUCCACAAGAUGAAGCAGUUCCUCUCUGACGAGCAGAACAUCCUAGCACUGCGCAGCAUCCAAGGCAGACAGAGAGAGAAUCCAGGCCAGAGCCUGAACAGACUAUUUCAGGAAGCACCGAAACGAAGAAAUGGGGCUGAAGGGAGCAUCACCACCCGGAUCCGAGCGGCCGAGACUGGCUCCGACGAAGCUAUCAAGUCGAUCCUGGAGCAGGCCAAAAGGGAGCUGCAGGUCCAGAAAACCGGUACGGACCCCCCUUUAGGCACUGCCAGGCAUCGGGCAGAGCCAGCCCCGCCAUCGUCCUCGGCAGCCAGCAGCGGCACCUCGGACGACGCCAUCCGCUCCAUCCUGCAGCAGGCCCGCCGGGAGAUGGAGGCCCAGCAGGCCGCCCUGGACCCCGCCUUAAAGCCAACGCCCCUGGCCCAGAGUGACAUCACCAUCCUGACGCCCAAGUUACUGUCCGCCACGCCCCUGGCGUCCGUACCCAGCUACUCGCCCCUCGCCAUCUCCCUGAAGAAGCCGCCCUCUGCCCCCGAGGCCAGCGCUGCCGCUCUGCCCACCCCCCCGGCCCUCAAGAAGGAGGCCCAGGACGCACCCGGGCUGGACCUGCAGGGAGCGGCCGAGGCGGCGCAGGGCGUCCUGCGGCACGUGAAGAACGAGCUGGGCCGCAGCGGCGCGUGGAAGGAGCACUGGUGGAGCAGCGUCCCCGCCGACAGGAAGGCCACCGCGGCGCCCGACGAGCCCAAAGGCGACGAGGCGGGCGGCGGGAAGGAGAAGGGCGGCGGCGCGGCGCGGGCGGAGCGCGGCCCACUGCAGGGACCCUCGUCCUCCGAGUACUGGAAGGAGUGGCCCAGCGCCGAGUCGCCCUACUCCCAGAGCUCGGAGCUGAGCGUCACCGGAGCCAGCCGCAGCGACACGCCCCAGAACAGCCCCCUGCCUUCCUCCCCGAUCGUGCCCCUGGCCAAGCCCGCCAAGCCCGCCGUGCCCCCGCUGACCCCGGAGCAGUACGAGGUGUACAUGUACCAGGAGGUGGACACCAUCGAGCUCACGCGGCAGGUGAAGGAGAAGCUGGCCAAGAACGGCAUCUGCCAGCGCAUCUUCGGGGAGAAGGUGCUGGGCCUGUCCCAGGGCAGCGUCAGCGACAUGCUGUCCCGGCCAAAGCCGUGGAGCAAGCUGACGCAGAAAGGUCGAGAGCCCUUCAUCCGGAUGCAGCUCUGGCUCAACGGCGAGCUGGGCCAGGGCGUCCUGCCCGUGCAGGGGCAGCAGCAAGGACCAGUCCUCCACUCUGUGCCGUCACUCCAGGACCCGCUGCACCAGGGCUGCGUGAGCUCAGAAAGCACUCCCAAGACCUCGGCCAGCUGUAGCCCUGCGCCCGAGUCGCCCAUGAGCUCCAGCGAGUCGGUGAAGAGCCUGACAGAGCUGGUGCAGCAGCCGUGCCCCGCCAUCGACACAAGCAAGGAUGGCAAAGCUCCGGAGCCCAGCGAGCCGCCCGCCUCCGACUCGCAGCCCGGCACCCCACUGCCUCUCUCGGGCCACUCGGCACUCAGCAUCCAGGAGCUGGUGGCCGUGUCCCCCGAGCUCGACACCUACGGCAUAACCAAGAGGGUCAAGGAGGUGCUGACCGACAACAACCUUGGUCAGCGUUUGUUUGGGGAGACCAUCCUCGGCCUCACGCAGGGCUCCGUCUCCGACCUCCUUGCCCGCCCGAAGCCCUGGCACAAGCUCAGCCUGAAGGGCCGGGAGCCCUUUGUUCGAAUGCAGCUGUGGCUCAACGACCCCAACAACGUGGAGAAGCUGAUGGACAUGAAGAGGAUGGAAAAGAAAGCCUACAUGAAGCGGCGGCACAGCUCAGUGAGUGACAGCCAGCCCUGCGAGCCCCCCGCCGUGGGCAUCGACUACAGCCAGGGGGCCAGCCCCCAGCCCCAGCACCAGCUGAAGAAGCCGCGCGUGGUGCUGGCUCCGGAGGAGAAGGAAGCCCUGAAGCGGGCCUACCAGCAGAAGCCAUACCCGUCCCCCAAAACCAUCGAGGAGCUCGCCACGCAGCUGAACCUGAAAACCAGCACCGUCAUCAACUGGUUCCACAACUACAGGUCUCGGAUCCGCAGAGAACUGUUCAUCGAGGAGAUUCAGGCCGGGAGCCAGGGCCAGGCCGGGGCCAGCGACUCGCCAUCGGCCCGCAGCGGCCGGGCGGCGCCCAGCUCCGAGGGCGACAGCUGCGACGGCGUGGAGGCCGCCGAGGGCCCGGGCGCCGCGGACACCGACGAGGGCCCCGCGGCCGCCGCCAAGUCUCAGGGAGGAUCGGCCGAGGCGGCCGCGGGCCCGGAGGAGCAGCGGGACGAGGCUGCUGCGGCGGCGAAGGCCGAGCCGCCGCCCGUCGCGGGGACCCCGGGGCCGGCGGGGCCAGACGCGGCCGAGGAGGAGGCCGCACCCCGCGCCCCGCCACCGCCGCCUCCGCCGCCGCCACCACCCGCCGACGGCCCGGCAGACCGGCCCGUGCCAAGCCCCGCGGGCGCCGCCGCCGCCGCCGCCACCGCCGGGGAGGACGCCGCUACCUCAGCCCCUGCCCCCACCCCCGCCGCCCCCGCCGCCCGCGGCGCCGCGUUGCCAAGCACCAGCGCGCCCGCCCGCCGGCCCAGCUCGCUGCAGAGCCUCUUCGGCCUCCCCGAGGCGGCGGGCGCCCGGGACUCGCGGGACAACCCCCUGCGCAAGAAGAAGGCCGCCAACUUGAACAGCAUAAUCCACCGCCUGGAGAAGGCCGCCAGCCGCGAGGAGCCCAUCGAAUGGGAGUUCUGAGGGGCGAGUCGCGCCGCGCGCCGUCGCCGUCGGGCCGCGCCGUCGGGGCAGCCGCGCCGCGCACGCGCACGCGCGUCGGGCCGAGUCUGGCCAAGCCGGGCGGGCCGAGGGCGGGCGCCGCGGGCGCCGGGACGUCGCGCACUUACCGCCCUGCGGGCCACAGGGCAAAAUCGCCAUAGGCCAAGGUGCAUAUAGAAAACAAAGGAGCAUUAAGCCCAAUCUCUGUCGUGUUUUCAAGGAAGAAAACGGAAAUGUGUAGUCGAGCUUUUUUGUACCCUGAAGUGUUUUUUUUAUUGCCCUAAGUGAUUUCCACAGGUUCUGGAAUAACUCUUACAGCUUUGCCUUGUGCCCUCCUCUUUCGUGUGGGCUUUAAAAAAAAAAAAAAGAAAAGAAAAAGAAAUCAAACCCACAUAUUAAAAGGGGGCUUUUUAUCUGCCAUCUAAUGGCUUCAGAGCGAUAAUACACUAUUAUCUUCUUAAACCAGGAAAAAAAAAAGGGGGGGAGGGGGGAUUUUUUCAGAAAAAUUAAAAGUUUUUGUAGCUCUUCAGUUGCCACUAAGAGAUUGCAUAGUCACACCGACUCUAAACACACUAGUUUGGAUUCCUAAAUAUUUUCAAGUAAAGAAUCUUCUCGUUUGAAACUUUGAAUGAAAAUAAAACACAUUUACUCCACCUAUUUUUUAAACAAAAAGAAAAAAAAAGAAGAAAAGUCGCAUCAGGAAACUGGUUUUGUGGUAGCUGACGUAGUGUUUUCUUGUCCUUGAACUAGAACCCUGACAUGUAUACAUUGAUCCAUAGCUUUAACUGGCUCGGGGUUUUUGCCCAGAGUCUGUUUAAUACACUCCAUUCUAGGCCAAAUCAGGACAAAAAAAAAAAAAAGAAGAAAGAAAGAAAAGAAAAGAUCCGAAUCUAGGUAUUUUUUAAUCUGCUUUUUAACCUCUAACCGCAGAGCACGCUAAUCAGACCUCAUAUCUCGGAGGUUUAGGAGACAAGUUCGAACUGUAGCACGUUCCCGUUCCUUCGUUUUCCCCUCCCCGCGUCUUCGUUCGUCCACGCGUCCGCACCCGCGCACGAGCACUCAAAGAGAGGAGGGACAGGGGGAAGCCGGGUGGGGCUCAGGCACUUCCGGGGCGUGGCCGAGGGCGGGACCGCCCCCUGGCACGGAAGGCACCGGCCCUCACUCGGCUCUUCCGGGCGCCCGAUGGACUGAGCCCCACCAGGGACGCCCCUCCUGGGCCCCCCCGGCAGGGCUCUGGCGCGCAGUCGACCCCCUCAAGUCCCCCCACAAGCACUGAUGUCUGUUGCGCGCCCGCGGCGGGAAGCUUGGCACUCGGGUUCUGCUUCCACCCCUCGAGAGGGCCCCACCUCUCCCCCCACCCCCCAGAAUGCUGAUGCUCUUCACUUCCAGACCAGACCCCCCCCUCCUCCAGCCCACCUUUCUUUUGCCUCUCGGAACCAUCCUUUCAUGCACAGUUUAGGGCAGUCUGAGUACAAAUCAAGAGUCUAACUUGUCUCUGAUUCCUCCUGUUGUCUAUGUGUAUAUGCGUGAGAAUAGAGGUGGGUGUGAGUGUGCGUGCGUGCGUGUGUGCAAUUUUAUACGUCUGUGUAUUUUCUUAAGUACCUGGGCACACAUGGAGUGCAUUACUGCCACCUUUUUUCAAUAAGCUGUUGUAUCAGUUAUGGCUUCUACAAGUUUGCUAAUUUAGACUCCUUUAUUGCCAUAUCUUUAAACUAACAAUAGAUGAUUUCGGUAUAUAUAUAUUUUUUUUUGCUUAUUUAUAGGUGCUGUAUUUUAUUAUCUGAUUGUUAGGAAGGGAUGAAAGGGGCAAAUAUUCUUUAGCGGGAUAGACUGCCGGCAGUAUUGGGGUAUAAUUUACAAGAUGUAGUUGUCCUACUGUAUAUUACUGAUUGAAAACUUUUUUGACCGAAUUGUGUAUCAUUGAAACCUUUACCUUAGGUCAACAUCUUUGGAUGACAUUUUAAUGGUGCAUUCAUUAUUUCUUAAGUUGAAUUAAUAUUACCUUUUUUGGGGGGUGGGGGUGGGGGGGAGUUAUCAUUUUAAAGGUAUGCCCCGCUCUCCGCCCUCGUGUGUUUGUACUAAUUAACUUGUAGGACUUUGACUGUAAGAGGCGAAGCCACAUUUCUUGCAUGAUGUUUUAGGAAUUACGUUUCCCAGUUACCGGCUUCCAGCCUGCGACUGCAGCACUUAGCUCAAGUCUUCACGAAUUUAAGAGUCACGACACUAAAGACAAUGCCUUUUCCUGAGCACGAAGUUUCUAGAAGGCUCUCGGAGGCUGGCGGGCGGGCGGUUCGUCUUUCCGUCGGUGGCGCCAUCCCUGACUCAGUAGUCGCGUGGUGACAGGGGGACCCCGUCAGAGGCGCUGAGGGGCAUGGGGGAGGAAGUGGCGCUCCCCACCCGUGCCGUGCCGCGUGCGUAGUGUCUGUCCUCUCCGUGCGACCCCCGAGGGACGAGGGACUGUCGUCGUCGUGGCGCCUGUGACGCCUCUCCAGAGCGCACACUUUCCCCGGAGUGAAAGGCAGGGCAGGGCAGGGCGUGCCAGCAGGAAGGGGCAGGGUGGCACAUUCCAUGCAAAGGCCUGACUGUUGCGAAGGAGUUAACAUCUGAGGAGAACGCAAAAGGAGAAAUCUGUCCAUCCCGGUGGGCAAGUAGCGACAGCCUAAGGCAGCCACUGUGACUCUUCGGAGCAGUUUAGCCGUUUUUUUGUUGGGGGGCGGGGCUUGUUGACAAGGUUGUAGUUGAUUUCAUUUGUCUUUUUUUUUUUUUUUUUUGCCAGACUUACAUCUGGCCGCUCGAUACAAUCAGUUGGUUCCAUUUUGCUUGCAGUUCUGUGUUUGUAUUUUUUUUCCUCUAUUUAUUAUUGUUUUUCUUCCAGUUGAGAUCCCAGCCCUCUGUUCUUAUGUGUUCAGCGGUCACUGUAAUAUUUCCAAGAGCUGCCACUAAAUGACAGAACCCCGUGGGGGGACUGGGCCCCUCAGCUGAAGUCUAAGGGUUGAUCUUUCAUCGUGAUAAGCAAUAUUCAAGUGCCUUGACCAGCGUCCUCUCGCCCCCGUAGCUGGCUGGCGUGCCAAGCCGCCCCCACCGGCAGCCGACCUCCUCCUCUUUCCGCUCCAUCGGUUUAAAAAGCUGAUUUGUACCUCUCCCCUGGGGAAAACGGUUCUGUAUAAAACACUAACACUUAAUUACAAGCUCUAUUAUACCAUUUUAAACGGCUUCUUUUGGUUAAUUGGAGGCAGUGUUCAUAACGGUUUCUGCCAUUCCUUAGCUGGCUAAGUGGAGGCUCGGCCUGACCGCGCCCGCUCAGCCCCUGACCCCGGGGUCCUGCCCGUGUUCUCUGGCGCGGUGUGAGGUUGGGCGGUGGCGUGUGGCCCCGGCCACGGCCUCUCUCGAGCGCCUGCAUCCGUGGUUCCUGUGCUCACUCAGAUGGCCACGCCCUUUCGUUCGCCGCCGUCAUUCUCUGGGGCAGCACCAGCUUCCCAUCAGGUGCAGUGCUAAGACCGAGCCCAGGGGUGGUGGCUGUCCCUGGCCGCUGGCUGCCAAAGCACAAACCUCCCUGCCCCGCCUCUUCCCGUGGGCCCUGACCCCGGUGCCGACCACCAGCCCUCGGGGGACAGGCAGGUCUGCGGUGAAGUAUCCCCUGCUGGCCCUGGCAGCUCCGGUAGCAACUUGGCAAGUGGCGGGGCGGAGGCCCUGCGCCCAUGUCCCCACAGUUGUACCCAAGGCUGGGAAACGGGCGUCUGCGGACGGGCCCAGUGGCCCCUGUGCCCCUGGGGCCAGGCUGGUUUCUCUGCUUCUCCGAGGCCUUGUCCUCCUGGGGGAUGGCUGGUGGCUGUGGCCAGUGGCAGGGCCGGGGGGUCUGCGGGUGCCGCUGGGGCUGGCGUAGUGAGGACUGUAAGAGACUCGGCGGUGACCUCAUUGUGGGCCUGGGAUGGUCAUCGUGGCGCUCCCCUUCCUCCCCUCGUCCUUGCUGACCCCUUCUACCUCACUGCGGGGAGAAAGGGCGACAGGGCUGGCAGUUUCUGUCACUCCCAGCAGUCCCCCACGGAGCGUUUUCUUCACAGAUGGGGGCGAGGCGGGCACGGGGGGCUCCCAGCCUCCUUCCCGCUCCCCGCUCAGUGCUUCCGGCCCUUUGCAGCCGUUUUCUCCCCAACUGGCCAGAGCAGGGCUGAGGGUCGCCCUCCCGCCUCUGGCGCCCAGAGGGUGGAGUUCGGGCUUCUCCAGGAGCAUCCCUGGCUCCAGGCAGCGUGGCCCACUCCAGCCCGUACCCGGCCCGCCCCGCCAGCUUCAGCCCAGGAGAACAUUCUUGCUUCUGCCCAGUCCCAAACACAGCCACCUUCAGGGCCCACCGGCUGGACACGGAUCGAGGCCAUUCACUUUGGUGGCCCAAGUGUCCUAAUAGAACCUAGGAGAUGCCCGAGACAGCCGGUGCGUACCUGGGCACUUAGGAAGAGCCCCACUUAGGGGACCGCCCCUGUGUCUGCUGCAGCGUUAGUUGGGGCAUAGAGGUGCGAGGUUCCCUUCGUGACCGGCCCCCGGCCAAGCUGCACCCUAAGUGGCCCGUGUCACACACACUCCGUCCCCCAAGACUGAGGGCACCGUGAGACAGCGUUUCUUUUGCCAGCCGCCUCUGCCUUUCUGGGAGGCGAAGCCCCAGUGAGGACCCGGACUGAGCGCCCAGCCCUGGCCCCGGCCCCCCGCCCCCCCGCCCCGUCACUCCACUCCCCCCAAAGAUGCGUCCACCCUGACGAGGCGGCAGCGCCCUUUCAUUUCUGGCUGAAGUGACAUUUAGCUUUAACGAGACAUUUCCAAAGCGCCUCGUCUCCUCCAAAAUGCUAACUUGAAAAGUUGGGCAUGACGGGCGAAGAAUCCGGAAAAGGCCAGUGAGAAGGAGGCCCGCGCCCCCCUCCGCCCCCCCUGCCCCGCCCCCCCCCCAGUGGCUCUUCCCGCGCAGUAACUGUAGGGAUUGUCUGUGUUCCCGUCAUUUCUGUAGUCUAGGCUUUAAUUUCUACCACAAAAUCCGCUCUAUGCUAUGUAUCCAGCUUUCUGUGAGCAGAAAGGAAAGGUGCCUUAACCCCGGCGUCAGACACGGCCCCACGGAGCAGACCCAGAAGCACAGUGUACAGACCGCGGACGGGGGUGCCGGCGGGGCGCGCGGCCGGGGCUGCUUCCGCGCUCACGAUCCCCUCCCCCUCCUCUUCCUCCUCCUCUUCCUCCUCUUCCUCUCCACCUUCCUCUCUCUUGUUCCUUUGGCUUUUUUUUUUUAAUGUUUUUACUUUUUCUUUUUUUUUGGUAGUUUGCUUUAAACAGAAAGCACUUAAAUAGAAGCUCUGUGCAAUAGAAAUGCUUUUUUUCUUCGUUAAGAGAUAAUGUAUUACACCAAAUGAACUCAAAGUAAGCUUUAGACCAGGACGAUUCAGGUUGGGGGUGGGUACGUUCACUGUAGCUCCGCGUGUUCAUGAACCGAAGGGAAACCGGCCUCCCAGCCCCCGCCCCCCCCCCAGCCUCAGCCCGCCUCCUUCUCCCACGCCUGGCGCGCAGGGUCCGGGGUGGGGGGGGCUCCUGCGGGGUGGGGGGUGGGGGGCGGGCAGGGGUGACGCGGCUCAGCUGCCUGAGCCUCCGGAGCGAGCCCCCAGCCCCCAGCCCAGCGCCUCGCCUGUUCUCACACACACGGACUGCUGAGCUGCCCUGCGCGGGGAUGACUAGCCGAGGGUGUUUGGGGGGUGGGGGGAGAUGUCUGUCCUCUAUUUAUUAUUAGGUGAAUCAUUUAGGUUCUUAUCAGGAGCAUGUUGUUUUGUGGUGUUGUGGGUGUUAUAUAUGCUUUUUUUUUUUUUUUUUUUUUGCUAUCACUCCACUCGUUCCCCCCAACCUUGCCCACAAAGAACUGAAGGCCCUGGGGAUGUCCGGGGGCACUGAGAGGGUUCCUGCACCCGUCAGAUUCCGGUUCUGGGCCCCCCUCCCCGCCCCCGGCCACUGCCCAGCCCCGUGCUCUCGCCCUCUCCAACCUGCCCAGUGAGAGUCGAACAAAACCCUCCAGCUGACCCGCCUCCUAGCGCCUCCGGUGACCCGCUGAGACUUCCGGUUUCUGGAAGUUUGGGAGCCUCCGUUCAGGGAGGCCUGGCCACCCCCCUCGGGGCCUGCAUGAGUUGCACUUCCCGUUGGCUUUGGGGUUCUGGCCCGGCCACGAAGCUGCUGCCGGCAUCCUGCAGAGCAAUAGUGCCUCAGUCCAGUGAGAGCUCGAGGGUCCAGUGGGGACCCCCAGGUCCCCGUUUCCACGUGUGCUGAGGGGGACGUGAGGUGUGAAGCUCAGCUGACAAAAUAACCAGUGACGGAAGGGGCUGUGGGCCCAGGGAGAGAGGGGGUGGGGGGUGCAGCCAGCUGCCUCCGGGGCCCCGGGCGGAGUUGCCAUGUGCCGCGGCGUUGCCCGCUGAAAUGGGGUGAGGGGCCCAGUUCUGUUCUGGUCUGAAGCAGGCCCUUGGGUCGCCUGGCUGCCCUAACCCGCACCGGGGGGCUCACUUUUCUCAAGUUGGUCUAUGCAUCUCUCUCUCCCUCUCUCUCUCUCUCUCCCUCUCCCUCUGUUCCUCUCCUCUCUUCCUCCCUCUCUCUCUUCCUCUCCCCUCUCUCUCUCUCUCCCUCUCUGUCUCUCCGUCUGUCUCUUCCUCUUUCUCUCUCUCUCCCCAUUUUCCACCUCUUUCCUUGAGAAAUACGGGCAUCUCAUGCCCCGCCCCUGAAGACCCCUCCAAAAAAAAUGCUGUGCAUUUUGGACACGUGAGGUCUUAUCCCAGUCUCUGAAAGCAUGAAACUAGCUUGUAGGCGUGGCCCAGGAGGGGGGGGCUGGGGGUCCCCGACGUCGCCCCGCCGCAGAGCGGGCCCUGCUCUUCGGUUUGUGCAAUAACUACUUGCGUGGUGGGGCGCAGGCUCCCAGCAGACUACUAACAGCGCGGGGUGGCUGGGGCUCCGGGGACCCUCGAUACGCUCAGCCCGCCCCGUGGAGCGUGGUGUCUUACAUUUUAGCAGUAUUUUAUAUUUUCUGUAACGCACUCAGUCUUUUAGACGUUCUUAGAGCUUGUUGGUUAAUACAAUCACAGCCUUUUGGUUUUGUUGUUUUGUUUUUUUUUCCUUUUUGAUCCUCACACAAGACCCGAUUGACCAAAAACACACACACAAAAAAAAAAAAACAAAAAACAGAAAAAAACGGGGGGGGAAACCAAAAACCCACCAAAAAAAAAAAAAGGGCGUCUUUUUUUUUUUUUUUUGUACAAAUAGCUUUCAAGAAGCCUCUGUAGUGUCGCUGUGACCCCCAUCUCCAGACACAUUUUCUUUCUUGCUGUUUGUUUCCGACGUUUCAGAGUCAGAAGCUGAUGGGGCUGGCGAGGGGGUGGGGAGGCCCCGCCGGCCGCGGUUCUCGCGUCUUCGUUAACCAUUUGCUGUUUGUUCCAGCACUGUACCACGGUCCCUAUAUGAUAUGGAGAAGCAAUAUCACUGUAUGGAACUCACACCAUGUAUUAUUAUUAUUCACUAGCACCCUAGGUGUGAUCAUUGAAGUAAAUAUCUUUUAUACAAACACAA